AUGAACCCAUUCGACAAGAUUAAAAUGGAUUAUAAUCAAUUUUUACAAUCUGCUUCGUACCUUGAGGGCAUUUCUCAAAUAAUUGAUGAAUCGUACAGACCAAAUUUUCCUCCUGAUAUUAUAAUUGAAGAGUUUGUGACAAGAUUCGAUAGAAAAAAAAGGAUUAGCGAGAAUCGAGGAAAUGCAUUUAUUGUAUAUCGAAAGUAUUUUUGUCGAUAUCUAGAAAGAUCCGGAAUAAAAUUGGAUCAAAAAUUAAUUUCACCUUUGGCAGGUUAUUUAUGGAGAACAGAAUCAAAAGAAAGGAAAGAAUGUUAUAAGGCUUAUUCCGAACAAAUUAACAAUAUUUACAGAAAACAAUUGUUAGGUGAUGAUAAAAUCAAUAAGCGUCAGCAUCCUGAUGAUGACGAUAACCAACCACAAAACCAUAAGCGUCGUAUUUCAACCAUCGAAGGUCAAAAUCCUAUAGACGAUGUAUUGUCUUCAUCAAAAUAA